CGGCUUUCCACCGCACAACCGGGUGAGGCUGCGUUAUAUAUUCGUUAAAAUGAUUUUAGCAAAUUCCAAGUGACCUAAAAAAAAUCGACACGGGUUCUGAAGCCGUUUUCUGAUGUUAGAGGCGGGAAUAUGGAAGGCGGGCGUCGUUUAAGUUUGUUUCUGAAAAUUUUGAAAAGCCGUCAUGAAUUCUACGCUGUAUUACCCGGGGCUGCAGUAUGAAUUUCAGGAACCAGCAGCCUACAACAACCGUCUGUGGUCGGUCUCCGGGUACAGCGGCGUACCGAAGGGGCAGAGCGCAUGGCAAGCUCCCCCACUUAGUCCCACAAGCGCCAGCGCAGUCGCGAUGAGCACCGUGGGGGGUGGGGGGCCAGCAGGGCAGGUGCAGAGCCCUCCUCAGGGACAGCAGCAGGCCCAGCAGCAGCCCGUCGCCCCCAAGAGGCCCCCCAGGAGGGUCCAGAAACAGCCUCCCGACCGUCCGAAGCGUGCACUGUUCUGCCUCAAUCUCAAGAACCCCAUAAGGAAGCUCUGCAUUGACGUCGUCGAAUGGAAACCUUUUGAAUGGUUGAUAUUAAUGACCAUCUUUGCAAAUUGUGUUGCCUUGGCUGUUUAUACACCAUUUCCUAAUGGUGAUUCAAAUACAACAAACGCUUAUUUGGAAAAGAUCGAGUACAUCUUUUUAGUAAUUUUUACAGCAGAAUGCAUUAUGAAAAUUAUAGCUUAUGGUUUUUUUAUGCACCCUGGGGCGUACUUGAGAAACGGUUGGAAUUUGCUCGACUUUACUAUAGUUGUUAUAGGUAUGAUUAGUACGGCACUCUCAUUUUUGACAAGAGAUAGUUUCGAUGUGAAGGCUUUGAGAGCCUUCAGGGUACUGAGACCUUUGAGAUUGGUAUCUGGAGUACCAAGCUUACAGGUCGUGUUAAAUUCAAUUCUGCGUGCCAUGGUGCCUUUAUUACACAUUGCUCUCCUUGUGUUGUUCGUUAUUAUUAUUUAUGCCAUUAUCGGAUUGGAGUUGUUCUCAGGUCAAAUGCAUAAAACUUGUUUUCACAAUAAUACAGGGGAACAAAUGGAAGAGCCACAUCCAUGUGGUGAUGGUUUUAACUGUUUUGAAAUUGGACCCGAAUUCGUUUGUAAAGGUUGUCACGAACCGAAUUCUGAAAAUGGCUGUAAAAAUGAAUGGAAAGGACCAAAUUCCGGCAUUACCAAUUUCGAUAAUUUCGGUUUAGCUAUGUUAACUGUCUUUCAGUGCAUUACUUUAGAAGGCUGGACCGACGUACUUUACAAUAUACAAGACGCUCUAGGAAGGGAGUGGCAAUGGUCAUAUUUCGUCUCCAUGGUUAUAUUAGGGGCGUUUUUUGUUAUGAACUUGAUUCUUGGUGUCCUCAGCGGAGAAUUCUCCAAAGAGAGAGAAAAGGCUAAGGCAAGGGGCGACUUUCACAAGCUGAGAGAGAAACAGCAGCUCGAAGAAGACCUCCGGGGUUAUCUGGAUUGGAUCACUCAAGCUGAGGACAUCGAGCCCGAAGGCGAGGAUCAACAAAACCAGGACCAGAGGAACGCCAUAUCGAACGAGAUGGCGUCCACUGACCAGUUGGAGGAAGAGGUCCAGCAGGAUUCUUGCUUUACUAAGAAGAAAAAAGACUUUGACCGGGUCAAUAGGAGGAUGCGAAGGGCUUGCCGUAAAGCCGUCAAAUCGCAGGCCUUCUAUUGGCUUAUAAUUGUUUUAGUGUUUUUAAAUACUGGCGUUUUAGCCACCGAGCAUUACCAGCAGCCUAUCUGGUUGGACCAUUUUCAAGAAUACACAAAUAUGUUUUUUAUCGCCUUAUUUACAAUAGAAAUGUUGUUGAAAAUGUAUAGUUUGGGUUUUCAAGGUUACUUUGUGUCCUUAUUUAAUCGUUUCGAUUGUUUUGUUGUUAUCGGCAGUAUAACUGAAAUGGUUUUAACUCACUCAAACAUAAUGCCACCUCUGGGAAUAUCUGUGUUGCGCUGUGUUAGGCUGUUAAGAGUUUUUAAAGUUACAAAAUAUUGGCGGUCACUGUCGAAUUUGGUGGCCUCGUUGUUAAAUUCUAUACAAUCGAUAGCUUCUUUGUUGCUUCUACUAUUUUUAUUCAUUGUUAUUUUUGCCCUACUGGGAAUGCAAGUUUUUGGUGGACGAUUUAAUCGGAAGACCGAAGAAAAGCCUAGAUAUAAUUUUGAUAGUUUUUGGCAGAGUUUAUUGACUGUUUUUCAAAUAUUGACUGGUGAGGACUGGAACACAGUCAUGUACGACGGUAUAGAAGCCUAUGGAGGUGUUAAAGGAUUUGGUGCUCUAGCUUCUAUAUAUUAUAUAAUCCUUUUUAUCUGUGGUAACUAUAUUUUGUUGAACGUCUUCUUGGCUAUCGCCGUCGACAACUUGGCUGACGCGGAAUCUCUGACCGCUAUCGAAAAAGAGGAGGAGGAAAAACAGCAAGAGGAAGAUAAGAGGUCGAAGAGUCCUACUCCAAAUCCAGAAGAAGAGGAAGAAGAAGUUGAGGAGGAGGAGCACAGUUUAGAAGAAGAAAUGGAAGAUGGACAGUAUUCCGAAAGAUCGGGCCAUGAGGAUGAGGAGGAAGCCGAAUCUCAUACGAAAAUAGCUCUGGAAGGGGAGGAGGAGGACAUUGGCCAAAACGAAGAGGACGAAGAGGGAGAAGACAUAGUCGUUGUUUCGAAAGACUCGGCUAGACCACGCCGUCUCUCAGAGGUCACUAUACUUAAGAAAAUCAAGCCGAUACCGAAGGGCAGUGCCUUUUUUAUAUUUUCGUAUAAGAACAGAUUUCGGGUUCUGUGCCACUGGCUAUGCAAUCAUUCGUACUUCAGCAAUAUAAUUUUGGUUUGUAUUUUGGUUUCUUCCGCUUUAUUAGCUUUGGAAGAUCCAAUUCCAGAUAAAGAAAAUAAAAAAGCCGAUAUAUUAACGAAAUUCGACUACUUUUUUACUGGAAUAUUUUCCGUGGAAUUGGUAUUAAAGACAAUAUCAUACGGAUGCAUUCUACAUAAGGGUGCCUUCUUAAGAUCAGCAUUUAACGUACUGGACUUAGUCGUAGUGUGCGUUUCUUUGGUGUCCAUUUAUAACAGUCAGGGAGCAAUGUCAGUAGUUAAAAUUCUUCGAGUUUUAAGAGUACUAAGGCCUCUACGAGCAAUAAAUCGCGCUAAAGGACUUAAGUAUGUAGUGAAAUGCGUGAUAGUAGCCAUUAAGACGAUCGGCAAUAUCAUGCUGGUCACCUACCUUCUGCAGUUCAUGUUCGCUGUCAUCGGAGUGCAGCUCUUUAAGGGUAAAUUUUCCCACUGUACUGAUGGCUCGAAGCUGACAGCAGGUGAAUGCAACGGAACUUAUUUGGUUUACGUUGACGGUGACAUAAACAAGCCAGUGAUGAAGGACAGGGAAUGGGAACCGAAUCGAUUCCAUUUUGACAACGUGGCCAAAGCGAUGUUGACGUUGUUCACUGUGUCCACUUUCGAGGGCUGGCCUGGACUCCUCUACGUCUCAAUAGACUCGAACGAAGAAAACAAAGGACCAAUUCACAAUUACCGCCCCAUAGUAGCCGCCUACUACAUCAUUUACAUCAUCAUUAUCGCAUUCUUCAUGGUUAACAUAUUCGUCGGUUUUGUUAUCGUUACAUUCCAGAAUGAAGGCGAACAGGAGUACAAGAACUGCGAACUGGACAAAAACCAGAGGAACUGUAUGGAGUUCGCCCUCAAGGCCAAACCCGUCAGAAGAUACAUUCCAAAGCACAGAAUCCAGUACAAGGUUUGGUGGUUCGUUACGUCCAAGCCUUUCGAAUACGCCAUUUUUACUUUGAUUAUUAUCAACACAGUCACAUUGGCUAUGAAGUUUCACGGACAGCCCGACGAAUAUGGUAGUGUUUUAGAUUACUUGAACAUGAUCUUCACGGCGGUAUUUGCGAUGGAAUUUGUUUUUAAACUAGCAGCCUUUAGGGCUAAAAAUUACUUCGGAGAUCCAUGGAAUGGUUUUGACUUCAUUAUCGUCUUGGGGAGCUUCAUCGAUAUAGUUUAUCAAGAUGUUAGCCCAGGUGGCGAUAGGAAAAUCAAGUUUUCCGGAAAUUUCUUCCGAUUAUUUCGCGUCAUGAGACUUAUAAAACUGCUGAGUAGAGGCGAAGGCAUUAGAACCUUGCUAUGGACAUUUUUUAAGUCUUUCCAGGCUCUGCCCUACGUAGCUUUGCUUAUAUUGAUGCUCUUUUUUAUUUACGCAGUUAUAGGGAUGCAAAUGUUUGGGAAAAUCGAAAGCAACGACAUAGAAUCAGACUCUUCCCUUUCCAGAAACAACAAUUUUGCUUCAUUUUUUCAAGCGGUUUUGGUAUUGUUUCGAUCAGCUACAGGUGAAGCAUGGCAAGAGGUCAUGAUGGACUGUGCGGAUACGAAGAAAGCUAGAUGUGAUAGGAGACUCAAUCGUUCAUCAACCGACUCCCCAUAUUGCGGAUCGGAUUCUGCGUAUCCAUAUUUUAUAUCUUUUUACGUUUUAUGUUCGUUUUUGAUCAUUAAUUUAUUCGUAGCGGUUAUCAUGGAUAAUUUCGAUUAUCUGACAAGGGACUGGUCGAUUCUGGGCCCCCACCAUUUGGACGAAUUCAUCAGGUUGUGGAGUGAGUACGAUCCAGACGCAAAGGGCCGCAUUAAGCACCUGGACGUGGUCACGUUGCUCCGGAAAAUAUCACCUCCCUUAGGUUUCGGUAAACUCUGUCCCCACCGCGUCGCUUGCAAACGUUUGGUGUCGAUGAACAUGCCUCUGAACAGUGAUGGUACCGUUUUGUUCAACGCCACGUUGUUCGCGGUCGUGAGGACGUCAUUGAGAAUCAAAACCGAAGGCAACAUAGACGACGCCAACGCCGAAUUGCGCGCGGUUAUCAAGAAGAUCUGGAAACGGACGAGCCCCAAGCUUCUUGACCAGGUGGUUCCCCCGCCAGGCGUGGACGACGAAGUCACCGUUGGCAAAUUCUACGCCACCUUCCUCAUUCAGGACUACUUCAGACGCUUCAAAAAAAGAAAGGAGCAAGAACUGAAAGAAGGGGACAAGGAGCAGCACAAUACGGUCACUCUACAGGCUGGACUAAGGACACUUCACGAGGCCGGGCCUGAAUUGAAGCGAGCUAUCUCUGGAAACUUGGACGAGUUGAUUGACGAUAAUCCAGAACCUAUGCAUCGCAGGAAUCAUUCACUAUUUGGAAGCGUGUGGUCAUCGAUGAAGAGAGGACACAGCUUCAGCCGAGCCAAGUCGCUCAAACUGAACUCCACGCAAAUUAAGAUCACUCCUGCUUCGAGCAUAGACUACCUGCCGUACAAUUCGAUCAAGAACGCGGUUACGGAGGGCAUGAACCACAUCACUUCGAUGACCAAGAAUGUGGUCCACAACAGAGCAAGCGCCACCUCAUUAAACGACGGCUACAGGGAUGAAGAAAUUCCUCUGCAGUCGCUAACCAACUUGUACGGCGAUCCGGAGAAGAACACUUACACCAUAAUCGAUCUUCAGGGCGACAAUCAAGAGCUGAUGCCGCCCACGCCACCGCCGAGACGCGUCAAGAUGAACCUGAACAGCCCCUCGUCGCCGGGGGCUCAGCAACCUUCGUCGGGGGCACCUGCAGGCUUUACUCGCAUAGCAAGCGGCCUCAAGCUCGCACAAGCACAGGCCAUGGCGGUGGCCGGAUUUCUACCCGCCCCCCCGGAGUGGCCAUGCGACGAUGGUUUGGUGUCCAGCGGCCUCCACGCGCUCCAGACUGCUGCCGAUUUCCAGCUGGGACCCGAAGAGAGGCUUAUGCGCUGCUCCCUCCUAAACCACAGGGCUUCUUUCCACGGCAGAGUUCCUCAACAACCUGGUGAACCCAACGGUCACGUAGCUAACGAAAGGCUAACUCACUCGCUGCCCGGGAGCCCUGCAGAACGUAGGCCAGCAUCCUUUGAAGUUGUCGGUUCUGCGGAGAGCCUGGUAGGCCGGAUUUUAGCAGAACAGGGUCUAGGUAAAUACUGCGAUCCGGAGUUUGUUCGAAACACCUCUAAAGAGAUGCAGGAAGCUCUGGACAUGACGCCGGAAGAAAUGGACCGUGCUGCUCAUCAGCUUCUUCAGCAGGAGCGACAGCUGCGGAGUAGGGCUGGACAAUCGAGCCCCAUAGAAUGCCCUAUGCCCAGCCAAAAUUUAUAGCACCCCAUUCAAGAACCAGUCGCCACUCUACCAAGUGCCUAAUUAUUUCUUCUGGUCCAAGGAAGACUAAAAUUAUUAUUAAUGUGUAGUUUUGUAACCUCCGGACUUUUUGUUUCGAUGGAUUGUUCCUCGAGAACGAUCCGCCAAUGGCCAAAUAAAAUGAAACGUAUUUUUUCUUUUGAAAAUAUUUUGUGCGGGGGCGAAAAUUGAGCGUUUCUAUAUUCGACAGUACGCCGCUAUCAAAUCAAAAACGAACCUACAUAUAUUUAUCCUCAAUGUACUUAAAAGUAACGAGAACAAAUAAUUAUCCAAUCACGUUUUCCUGUAUUACGAAAUGCAUUUUUAUUUAAACCAAUCGUAUUUACAUAUUGAUGUGUAAAGUGCAGUAACCUAAAAUCUUAAUCAUCCUUUUAAUAUACGAGUAUUUUCAAAAGAUCAAAUAGUAUUUUACAAUUCGAUAUAAAUAUAUAAAAACAAUUAAUGUACAGGGUGUGAAAAAUUAGGAACUGUCAUUAUAAUUUUACGAUAUCGAUUGUGUCAAAAUAGUUACUAAAUAAAUAAAAUCGUUUUUCUUUUUCUUUUCAUUUUUUGUUCGAUAUAAACCAUAAUAUAAUAUAUUAUAUUAAAUUGUAUAAAAGAAACAUUUUUAUGUUAACGUUUAAUUAAUUGUUCAUGCGCACAAAAUGGAAAUUUAAACAAAACAGAUCUGUUAUGGGAUAAAGUCAUUGUUCAUUAUUUCUCUUUCGAUUUAUUGUUGUACAUAAUAAA